AUGAAUUCACGUUCACUGCUCUGGACCAAACCAGGAAAACCAAAUAAAUUAGAGAAGCAAUCUUCCAUUUCGGCAGAACUAUGGUCAGGGAAGCUGCGUAGGCAUCGCCUGCUGAAAGAGCAGACACAAGCCUCGCCAACUGCAGCAACAGCCCCACAAGCCUCGCCAACUGCAGCAACAGCCCCAACAAGCCUCACCAACUGCAGCAACAGCCCCAACAAGCCUCGCCAACUGCAGCAACAGCCCCAACAAGCCUCACCAACUGCAGCAACAGCCCCAACAAGCCUCGCCAACUGCAGCAACAGCCCCAACAAGCCUCACCAACUGCAGCAACAGCCCCAACAAGCCUCGCCAACUGCAGCAACAGCCCCAACAAGCCUCGCCAACUGCAGCAACAGCCCCAACAAGCCUCGCCAACUGCAGCAACAGCCCCAACAAGCCUCGCCAACUGCAGCAACAGCCCACACAAGCCUCGCCAACUGCAGCAACAGCCCCAACAAGCCUCACCAACUGCAGCAACAGCCCCAACAAGCCUCACCAACUGCAGCAACAGCCCCAACAAGCCUCGCCAACUGCAGCAACAGCCCCAACAAGCCUCCCCAACUGCAGCAACAGCCCCAACAAGCCUCGCCAACUGCAGCAACAGCCCCACAAGCCUCGCCAACUGCAGCAACAGCCCCACAAGCCUCGCCAACUGCAGCAACAGCCCCAACAAGCCUCGCCAACUGCAGCAACAGCCCACACAAGCCUCGCCAACUGCAGCAACAGCCCCAACAAGCCUCACCAACUGCAGCAACAGCCCCAACAAGCCUCGCCAACUGCAGCAACAGCCCCAACAAGCCUCGCCAACUGCAGCAACAGCCCCAACUAGCCUCACCAACUGCAGCAACAACCCCCACAAGCCUCGCCAACUGCAGCAACAACCCCCACAAGCCUCGCCAACUGCAGCAACAGCCCCAACAAGCCUCGCCAACUGCAGCAACAGCCCCAACAAGCCUCGCCAACUGCAGCAACAGCCCACACAAGCCUCGCCAACUGCAGCAACAGCCCCACAAGCCUCGCGAACUGCAGCAACAGCCCCCACAAGCCUCGCCACCUGCAGCAACAGCCCCACAAGCCUCGCCAACUGCAGCAAAAGCCCCCACAAGCCUGGCCAACUGCAGCAACAGCCCCCACAAGCCUCGCCAACUGCAGCAACAGCCUCCACCAAGCCUCGCCAAGUGCAGCAACAGCCCCCACAAGCCACGCCAACUGCAGUAA